AUGGAGGAGCCGGAGAUGCAGCUCAAGGGGAAGAAAGUCACAGACAAGUUCACGGAGAGCGUCUACGUCCUGGCCAAUGAGCCAUCCGUGGCCCUCUACCGGCUCCAGGAGCACGUGCGUCGCUCUCUGCCGGAGCUGGCCCAGCAUAAGGCCGACAUGCAGCGGUGGGAGGAGCAGAGCCAGGGAGCCAUCUACACAGUGGAGUACGCCUGCAGUGCUGUGAAGAACCUUGUCGACAGCAGCGUCUAUUUCCGCAGCGUGGAGGGCCUCCUCAAACAGGCCAUCAGCAUCCGGGACCACAUGAAUGCCACCCAGAGCCACAGCCCUGAGGAGUUGCCCCCACCCCCCACGGCCUGA